AGUAGGUAACCCAGCAAAACGCAGAUCUACCGUCGUUUUUGGUGGUGGUUCUGUUGUUUGUUUUUGUGGCUCUGUCCUUCUCUGUACAUACGCAGAUCAUCCUCUCUUUCCGGUUCUUCCUCCACCUGCAACAUACAGAGGAAUUCGAACCUAAUCCACAUCCAAGAAGAAAAGUUUCUGUCACUGCACUCACAGAUACAACAAAGCUACUUUUUCUUGAGUGGUGCAAGGGACAUAAUGUCAGGCAUGGAGGAUGUUAAAGAGCAAGGAAAAGUAGAUGGAAAUUCCCAAGAUGAGUCUGCAAAGCCCAUGCCAUCAUCUGAAGAGGAGGAGGCAGCAAUAAAGAAGAAGUAUGGAGGAAUCGUGCCCAAGAAACCACCACUAAUUUCUAAGGACCAUGAACGUGCUUAUUUUGAUUCUGCUGAUUGGGCUCUUGGAAAGCAAGGGGUAGAAAAGCCCAAGGGACCUCUUGAAGCCCUUCGACCCAAGUUGCAGCCUACACAACAGCAGACACGAUACCGGAAAUCUCCUUAUGCCCCAUCAGAUGGUGAAGAUGGGGGAAGCGCUCCAUCUGAGGAGACAGCUGCGAAUGAAUGAGGGGCUUAUGCUGGCUUUUAAUGAUGUGGGUGAUGCUGAUUGUUGUUUUAAUACCUUUAUAGGUAAAUGAGUUAAAAUUCAACUGUUGUUUCUGAGAAUAAAUUUGUUCAAUAUCACCUAAAAAGAAGCAAGAGACAACAUUUAUGCAAUUGAGACCCAUGGAACCUAAUUUUCCUCGGUGGUUCGUGACUUUUGUGACACGGGAUAUUAUUUACGGGAUAUUAUUUCUUGUCUGUCAUGAUCAAAGAGCGUACUCGACGAAAUGAAAAAGGACCCCUGUGAAUCCUUAAUCAUUCUA